AUGAGUUCCAAACCUUUAUCGAAAUGGGCUUCCAGCAAUGUGGGAUUUGCUUGCAGUCAUGCGAUCAAGGGCUAUGGCUUCGGAGUGGCCAUUGCCUGUGGAAGGAAUACCGAUGUGGGAACCAUGACGGCUCUUAGCUUCAAGGAGCGACCCCCGAGUCGUGUGAAGAAGCAUCAGAAGCAGAUUGCUUACUAUACCCUCUUUGUAAUCGGACUCCUGUUUCUCCUGCUGCUCAUCACCACCGGAUUCGAGCGUGGUGAAAUCGCCUACGAAGUCAAUCUCUCACUUCUGAUCGCCCUGACACCCAUGUACGUGCCCUUCAUCCUUUACUGGGGCAUGAGGAGGACCAAAAAGGAGAUGAGGAGAAAGCAGUGCCAUGUGAGGAACCUUCGCGGCACCACCACAGUGGGCCUCACCACCGUCAUAGUCACCGAUUUGGUGGGAACGAUGACCAAGCGGCGCAUGCGCGUAUCGGAGAUCUUCGUGGACAUGGGACUGCUGAGCGCCGAUAGUCUGGAUGUGAAGGCCCAGGGUCCGCGAUUCAUAGAGCUCAUCCGCGCCUCGGUUCUGUGCAACGAUGCGGUCAUCUGUCCGGGAAACAUCGGCGUGCCCAAGAUGCAGAAGGACAUGUACGGCAAUAUCCUGGAUAUAGCCCUGCUCAAGUUCGGUCUGAUGGUCCUGCCGAGCAUCGAUCACCUGCGUCGCGACCACGAGAAGGUGGCCAACAAGCACUACUCGAGUGCGGACAAGGUCCAGGUGACGGUGCACCGGACUCGCGACGAGGAGGGCCAGCUGAAGCUGAUCCUGCUGAUGAAGGGCCACUGCAGCGUGGUGCUUCGCCGCUGCUCCACCUUCGCCAUUCGCGACGAGGAGCUGCCGCUGGACGAUCAGCUGCAGGAGAUCAUCCUCAGCCUGGCCGAUGGCCUCCUGGAGGCGGGUCGUCAUGUCCGUGCCUUCGCCUACAAGGAGCUGAGCAAUGAGCUGGAGUUUCGUCGCUUCUCCCAGGUGAACGCGAACGGAGGAUUAGACGGCGGCGGCGGCGGCGGAGAGUUCAAAUACCGGGACUACCUGGCGGUGGACACCUACUCGCUGCGGUUCCUGGGCAUGAUAGCCACCUACAAUCCGCCGCGCAGCACCAUUCCCAAGGCAGUGGUUCGCUGUCGCACGGCGGGCAUUAAGCUGAUCCUGGUAACCCGGCGCAAACGCAACCUGUCCAAGGCCCUCGCCGUGGAUGUGGGCAUCCUGGCGGCGCCCUGGGACUCCUAUCAGUCCCGGCAGAGACGCAGCUCAGCCGCCACGGAAAUAGUGGACAUGUCGCAGUACGCCGAGGAGAAGCCCCAUCACCAGCGUUGGCACAUCGAACAGUUGCUCCUGGCUCAGCGGGAUUUGGUGUGUGCCGAGACGAGCACGGAGCAGCUCCACUGGAUCGUGGAGGCCUGUCGCCGGCUGGGAGCUGUGGUAUCCGUCAUCGGAGGAACACUCCAUGACACGCCGGCCAUGAGGAGCGGCCAUGUGGGCGUGGCCAAGUACGGAUGUGCGGUGAUGUGCGAGGCCAGUGCCGAUCUCAUCCUGCUGGACAGCUCGUUCGCCACUUUGGUCAGUGUGGUGGGCGACAGUCGGCUGCUGUUUGAGAAUCUCAAGAAGGCUCUGGCCUACUGCCUGGCCACCAACACGUCCAACAUACUGGUGUACCUCUCCUUCUUCCUGCUCCGCAUUCCCCUUCACUUUCAUAUCUUGGAUGAGCUCAUCCUGGCCUUCCUCGUGAACUUGCUACCUGCCAUGACCUUAAUUUACGAGCCUCCCGAGGAGAAGCUGAUGCUGCAGAUGCCCAAAGUCUACGAUGACUUUCUGCUAAAUAGUCGAUUACUUUUUGUGUCGCACAUCCUUGUGGGAACCAUUGAAGCCGCCGCUGUUUUCAUGACCUACUUCGUGUUCAUGGCUGACAGGGGAUUCCUGCCCAGCACGCUGGUGGGUCUGCACAUUCCGUGGCACGACGAUUCGAUUCACGACAUCACCGACUCUUACGGCCAGGAAUGGAGCAGCGAAGCUCGCCAGCAACUGGAGUGCCAGGUGUCCUCCCUCUGCCUGAUGAGCCUCAUCACGAUGCAGUGCACCCAUCUGGUGUUGACCAAGACCGGACGUGCCAAUCUGCUGACCCACGGCUUCGGCAACUGGCGGCUGAAUCUGGCGGUCGUCUAUUUGAUUUGCCUCUGCGCGGAGAUGUGCCUCAUGGACGCCACCGUUUGCCUGCGACUGGAGGGCAGCAACGAACUGAACUUUGGCCACUUCCUGUGGACCAUCUGCCCCUUUGUGGCUCUGCUGGUCUUCCUCGAAUCCGCUCGCAGAUACUUCCUUCGACUUUUCCCGGACAGUUGGCUCGAGCUGGCGACUAUGUAUUGA